AUGAAGUUCACAGUUGCAUCCCUCGCCGCCUUGGCCCUCGGCGCAGUCCAGGUGGCAGCCGCCCCUGCUUCCGACAAUGUCAAUCUGGUGACCCGAGCACCCACCGUCUACUUCUGCGGUGACAGCACGAUGGCCGCCAAAGGCGCCAACGAUGGAGCCACCGACGGCUGGGGCAGCUACAUCGGCGACCUCCUGACAGUUUCCACCGUCAACAAGGCCAUCGGCGGACGCUCUGCCCGCUCCUACUGGAACGAGGGCCGGUUCCAGGCCGUCGCCGACCUAGUCAAGUCUGGCGACAUCGUCGUCAUCGAGUUCGGCCACAACGACGGAGGCAGUCCCACCAGCAAUGACAACGGCCGCUCCGACUGCCCCGGCGCCGGCACAGAGACAUGCAUCUCCGACAAGACCGGCGAGACGGUGUACACCUUUGUGUUCUACGUCAUCCAGGCAGCGAAGCUCAUGACGGCCAAGGGUGCCACCGUCAUCCUCAGCUCCCAGACGCCCAACAACCAGUGGGAGACUGGCGUCUGGUCCGGAGCCCCUAGCCGCUUUGUGGGAUACCAGUUGACGGCUAAGAACGCGCUUGCUGACUCCAAAGUCACCUUUGUUGACCACCACGAGGCGGUCAGCCGCAUGUACCGCAAGCUCGGCAACAGCGCCGUCAAUGCCCUUUACCCCAACGACCACACGCACACCAGCCCUGCCGGAGCCAAGUAUGCCGCCCAGUCUUUCGUCCAGGCCGUUUAUCAGAAUAUGAAUGGCACCACAAGCUUGACGAGCUAUGUCAAGACCCCAAUCACCACUGUAUACUAA